ACCAGCUGGAGGAAGCCGAGUAGGAAGUGGGUUGCGAUGUCCUUUUGUGUCCUACAGCCGGAGCGAGGAGCGAGCGCGCAGCCCCAGCCCAUGGCCCGGCCGGUCCCCGGCGCGCGGGGCCACUGAGCCGCCCCGCUCGGACACAGCUAGGACCCCGCCGCCGCCAGCGCUUCCUGAAGCUCCCAGCCCUUGGCUGCGACCAAGCCCUCUCUAGCCAUGUCAUCCCGGGAACGCCGGGCAGAGUUUUUCAUCAAAACGGAGCCGGCCUCCCCAGACAGCCUCGCCCAGCACAGCCCCAGCGGGUCUUCGGACACCAGCGCCAGCGGGGCCCCACAAGAGCUUGAGACCGCUGGGGCGCUGCCUGCUGGGACGGGGGCCUCCCGGCGACGCCAUGAUGACGACCCGGACGAUCCUCCCGGGCGGGGGAAGUACAUGCUGAGCGCCAUGCCCAAGCGGCUGUGCUUGGUGUGCGGGGACGUUGCCUCAGGGUACCACUAUGGCGUGGCCUCCUGCGAAGCCUGCAAGGCCUUCUUCAAGAGGACUAUCCAAGGCAGCAUUGAAUAUAGCUGUCCGGCCACCAACGAAUGUGAGAUCACAAAGCGGCGCAGGAAAGCCUGCCAGGCCUGCCGUUUCACCAAGUGCCUGCGCGUGGGCAUGCUCAAGGAAGGGGUACGUCUCGACCGGGUGCGAGGAGGGCGUCAGAAGUACAAGCGCCGGCCUGAGGUGGAGGGUGCCACUUACCCCAGUGCAUUCGUCACCCCACAAAUUGCUACAGCGACCACCAAGAAACCAGCUCCAAUGAACACAAUGGUGUCGCACUUGCUGGUGGCGGAGCCUGAGAAGCUGUACGCCAUGCCUGACCCCGCACUUCCUGACAGUCCCGCCAAAGCAGCGAGCACUUUGUGCGAUCUGGCUGACCGGGAGAUCGUGGUCAUCAUCGGCUGGGCCAAAAACAUACCAGGAUUUCCGGCGCUGUCCUUGGCGGACCAGAUGUCUGUCCUGCAGAGCGUGUGGCUGGAGGUCUUGCUGCUGGGGGUGGCCUGGCGCUCGUUGCCCUGCGAGGACGAAAUCGUCUUCGCGGAGGACUUUGCUCUGGACGAGGAGGCGGCAAGGGCGGCGGGGCUACUGGAGCUCAGUGGGGUGGUCCUGCAGCUUGUGCGCAAGUACCGGGCCCUGCGCCUGGAGCGAGAGGAAUAUGUGCUUCUCAAGGCCUUGGCGCUUGCCAACUCAGACUCGGUGCAUAUUGAGGACAUGGCAGCCGUGCAGCGGCUCCGGGACGUGCUACACGAGGCCCUGCUGGAAUACGAAGCAUCGAGGCGGCCCGAGGAGCCCCGCCGGGCCGGCCGCCUCCUCCUCACGCUGCCCCUCCUCCGCCAGACAGCCACCCGCGUCCUCCACCACUUCUACAGCCUCAAACUGGAGGGCAAGGUCCCCAUGCAUAAGCUUUUCCUGGAGAUGCUGGAAGCAAUGAUGGACUGAAGGAGGAGGCCGGGAGGGGAGGGCAGGGGACAGGAUUUGGGGAGGGGAGCAAAGUACAGGCUGACUGGUUAUUGGAGAUUGUUGGGGGGGCGCGCGUGCAGAAAUGGAACGGGGCUUGGGUUUCCCCCCCUCCCAGAACCGCCGCUCGUCUGCCUCAUGUUAAAAAAACGCAUUUCAAUGUAUGCAAAUGUGAUAGCUGCCCAUUGCUUUGCACUGAGGCUGACUUUUUUUUCUUUUCUGAAGAGAACGGACCCCAUGGGGGAGGCAGAGAAGUUUUUU